CUCGGGAGCAGCGAGCGGCGAGGAGAGAGGCCGCCCCGGAGCCGCAGCGAUGACACAGGACGUGCCCAAGCCGAGCCAGGCAGCCCGCCACUGCUCCGGCCUCGUCCGCCGGGUUCUGACCAUCGCCUUCGCGCUGCUCAUUCUGGGCCUCAUGACCUGGGCCUAUGCCGCCGGCGUGCCGCUGGCCUCCGAUCGCUACGGCCUCCUGGCCUUCGGCCUCUACGGGGCCUUCCUCUCGGCGCACCUGGUGGCACAGAGCCUCUUCGCCUACCUGGAGCACCGGCGGGUGGCGGCGGCGGCGCGGCGCGCGGCGGCGCGGGGGCCCCCGGAGGCGGCCACGGCGCGCAGCGUGGCGCUCACCAUCUCGGCGUACCAGGAGGACCCCGCGUACCUGCGCCAGUGCCUGGUGUCGGCCCGAGGCCUGGUGUACCCGCGCGCGCGCCUGCGCGUCCUCAUGGUGGUGGACGGCAACCGCGCCGAGGACCUGUACAUGGUCGACAUGUUCCGCGAGGUCUUUGCCGACGAGGACCCCGCCACCUAUGUGUGGGACGGUAACUAUCACCAGCCCUGGGAGCCGGCGGCGGCGGGCGCGGCGGGCGAGGGCGCCUACCGCGAGGUGGAGGCCGAGGACCCCGGGCGCCUGGCGGUGGAGGCGCUGGUGAGGACGCGCAGGUGCGUGUGCGUGGCGCAGCGCUGGGGCGGCAAGCGCGAGGUCAUGUACACGGCCUUCAAGGCUCUCGGCGACUCGGUGGACUACGUGCAGGUCUGUGACUCAGACACGAGGCUGGACCCCAUGGCACUGCUGGAGCUGGUGCGGGUGCUGGACGAGGACCCCCAUGUAGGGGCUGUUGGGGGUGAUGUACGGAUCCUGAACCCUCUGGACUCCUGGGUCAGCUUCCUAAGCAGCCUGCGGUACUGGGUGGCCUUCAAUGUGGAGCGGGCUUGUCAGAGCUACUUCCACUGCGUGUCCUGCAUCAGUGGGCCCCUAGGCCUAUACAGGAACAACCUCCUGCAGCAGUUCCUCGAGGCCUGGUACAACCAGAAGUUCCUGGGCACCCACUGCACCUUUGGGGAUGACCGUCACCUCACCAAUCGCAUGCUCAGCAUGGGCUAUGCCACCAAGUACACCUCGCGGUCGCGCUGCUACUCGGAGACGCCCUCGUCCUUCCUGCGCUGGCUGAGCCAGCAGACGCGCUGGUCCAAGUCGUACUUCCGCGAGUGGCUCUACAAUGCGCUCUGGUGGCACCGGCACCACGCGUGGAUGACGUACGAGGCGGUGGUCUCGGGGCUCUUCCCGUUCUUCGUGGCGGCCACGGUGCUGCGGCUCUUCUACGCGGGCCGCCCCUGGGCGCUGCUCUGGGUCCUGCUCUGCGUGCAGGGCGUGGCGCUGGCCAAGGCGGCAUUCGCGGCCUGGCUGCGGGGCUGCCUGCGGAUGCUGCUGCUCUCGCUCUACGCGCCCCUCUACAUGGGCGGCCUCCUGCCGGCCAAGUUCCUGGCGCUGGCCACCAUGAACCAGAGCGGCUGGGGCACGUCGGGCCGCCGCAAGCUGGCCGCCAACUACCUGCCCGUGCUGCCCCUGGCCCUCUGGGCGCUGCUGCUGCUCGGGGGCCUGGUCCGCAGCGUGGCCCACGAGGCCCGGGCCGACUGGAGCGGCCCCUCCCGGGCGGCCGAGGCCCGCCAUCUGGCCGCGGGCGCCGGCGCUUACGUGGGCUACUGGGCCGUGAUGCUGACCCUCUACUGGGUGGGCGUGCGAAGGCUCUGCCGGCGGCGGGCGGGAGGCUACCGCGUCCAGGUGUGAGGCUGGGUGCACGGGGCGCUGGCUCGGGGAGCGGCCCGAGGGGACUUAGCGGGGUUCCCGGAGCGACGCACUUGCUGGGUGACCCUCUGGGCCUCAGUGGCCCUCCUCUGUGAAGUGAGGGGCUCGACCCAAGACUUCUCAGCCUAGACUUUUUUGGAAGGGCGGGCUGGGACUUCUGGGUCUCUUGGGAGGGGUAUUUAUUGAUCAGGGUGUGGAUUUUUAGGGACAGGGCAAAAGGGGUCCUCACAAGCUGUCCUGGGGCCCCUGAUUUCUCUGUUCUUAUUUAACCUCCAUUUGUACUGUGUAUUAGAAUAUAAUAAAGAAUUUUAUUUAUUUUC